AUGGUUGGUGAAUCGGAGUCACCGCUGGUGUCUCCUCUGCCUCCUGACCUUCUGUUCCUCCUGCCUUUGGAAGCUACGGUCCCUUUGGCCUCUCCUCCUCUUGUUGAGAAGGAUACAAUCAUGACAGAAGCUGUUUCUGUUUCUGACAAAAUUGAUGUCUCUCCUGCUACGGCUGGUGUUCCGCCUAUUUUGGUGGCUCUUUCGUCUGGUACCUCUGUUACGGAAACGGUUCAAGUUAAAAAUUUGGCAAACCCUACUGUCUCCCAAUCUGAUUAUCAGGCGGGUCCUUCGUCGACUCCAUCCUCCGCUGGUGUACCUAAGGGUUCUACUUCUCAGGGUUCUGAGUUUAAUUGGCUUAGCAGAACUAAAGCUGCAAGGAAAUUUCCUAAUUCUUCUAUCCCUGUUACACGGUUCGAAGAAGGUGUGCCUCGUGUAAAGAUUCCAAAUGUGGUGUUUGAAAGAGGUGCUAAGGCUCACUCUGAUUACAUAGUUGGAAUCUUUUAUGGCAAUGCUCCUUCAUACGGAAAGAUUUGGGGAGUUCUUAAUUAUCUGUGGGGAAAAGACAGGAGACGAAUCCUCCAGCAUGAGCUCUGGAGAAUUGGUGACUCGCCGUUCUUUGUAACUGAAUGGAAAGCUUCCUUCAGUAUCGAUCCCCCUUCACUUCAACAAGCUCCUAUCUGGGCUACUCUAAAUAAGGUGCCGUUUGAUCUUCUUACUGAUGAAGGUCUGGAAAUCAUCUCCAAACCGUUGGGGCGGAUUGUUGAUGCAAAACCUUUCUCGAGCGUUUCCUCAGUUGAUGUUAAGGUUGUUGUGGACUUGACCGUCAAGCUUCCUACUUCGGUGGAGAUUGAAAGAGAGAAUGGUUUAGUGGAUGUUUUAGAGGUGUCAUAUGCGUGGCUUCCUCCACUAUGUCCGAAAACUGCUUCAAAAGCUGCUGACAGGUCUCGACCUUCGACUUCGAACAAACAGUAUGCUCAAAAAGUUCAUCCUCAGGACCAAACCAUCCCGGUUCAAUCCUGUAUUAAUUCUGUUCUUGCAGAUUUGGAGCCCUCUUCAGGAACUACUUUGGUUGGUGGAACGAGCAAAACCUCAUGCUCUGUCUCUCAGUCUCCAGAAGUUUUCCCUAUCCCUCCUCCCCAGGAUAGUAUGGUGGAAGCUCCUUCUCAAGCGGGUUUGGUUUCUUUAACAGAAGCUCCUUGCCAAGGAAGUCUUCAGUUGUUUACAGCGAGUAAUGAUACUCUUCCUGUUCCUGACUCAAUUAUUUCCCAUUCGGAAUUGCCUUUUGUUCCAGCAAUGAAGGCAGUUUUGGUCAGGUCAGUGGUAGGGUCUAGCCAAGAAAAGCUUGUGGUCAUCUCAUUCAAUCCUUUUGCAGUUCUUGAGCAGGAGGAAGAUCCACCCAAUAUUCAUCAGGAAGUUUCUUGUCAAGUAGAAGAAAUUCCUCGAACCUGUCUUGAAGAAUCUAAGCUUACUCUGGUGGUUACUACGCCAGGGAGCAGUAAGUCUCCUCCAUCCCAGUUUCUCUCUAAGACUCAGAAGUACAAGAAGAGGAAGCUCGCUAAAAGGUCCCCUGGUCCUAUCAAGGUUCAGUUUUUGUUUGCGGAUUCUCAAUCAAUCACGGUUAAGAUCUUGCCUCCAGAGUCUCUUCCCUUCUACUUCACGGCGGUGUAUGCCUCAAAUGAUUUGGAUGAGCGUAGGCAGCUUUGGAUCUCUCUAAAAGACACAGCAAUUGCUUUUGAUUUGUCUACUCAUCCCUGGAUGGUCUGCGGGGACUUUAAUGAGAUUUUGGAUCCCCGGGAGUCUUCAAAUCCAUCUAUUAUUUCCUCAACCAGAGCCAUGCGUGAAUUUGCAUCGUGUCUUUCUGAUAUCGGAAUCUUUGAUCUAGCGUCGCAGGGGCCAAAGUUUACUUGGUCAAAUCAUCGUCCGUCUGAUCCUAUUGGUAAGAGGAUUGAUAGAUGUCUAGUGAAUGAUCUGUGGCAGUUGUCUUAUCCUAAAGGUUUUUGCUCCUUCGAACCUCCGGAGUUCUCUGAUCAUACGCCAUGUCAUAUAAGGCUUACCUCCACUAAGCCAGAUUUCGGGACCCGAUCGUUCAUGUUCCCAAGCUACUUAACAAAGCUGCCCUCUUUUGUUCCUACUAUCAAAGAGUGUUGGUCUCAGUUAGGGGCUCCGGCAGGGAAUCUCACAUAUUUGUGUUUUAAGCUCAAGCAGCUUAAAUCUCCUAUAAAGUCUCUUUGUAAGGAAAACUUCAGCCAGAUUGAGAGAAGAGUUCAGGAGGCAAAAUCGACUCUUGAUUCUCACCAGCUGCAGGCACUUAAUUUACCAUCCCAAGAUAAUAUUGCCUUGGAGAAGCAGUCUCGUGAAACCUGGCUGUUCUUAUGUCUAGCUGAAGAAAUGUUUUUCCGUCAGAAAUCGUGUAUUAAAUGGUUGGAGGUGGGAGAUUUAAAUACCUGCUUUUUUCACAGAAUUACUCUGGUCAGGAAUGCACUUAUUGGGAUUACCUAUCUAUUAAGAGGUGAUGGUUCACGUUCUCAUUCUCUUAAAGAAGUUCACCAGAUUGCAGCUUCUCACUUUGCGGGAAUCUUAUGUACUCUAAGAGGUUCUCACUGUCUUUUCCUACCUGAAGUUCUCUCUAGAAUCAUCUCAGCAGGCUGUUCUCCGGAUCAUCAAGCUCACCUUUCUGUUCCAGUGUCUGCUACCUUGAUCAAAACCACGUUAUUCAAGCUAUCUCUAAAUCGUACUCCUGGAUCUGAUGGUCUAACUGCUGAAUUCUUCAGAUCAACUUGGAGCUUUUUAGGAGAUGAAGUAUGUAUGGCGAUCUUGGAUUUCUUCAGAACCAAGUUCAUGCCUUCAUGUUUCAUUAAGAAUAGGUUGCUGCUUGAGAACGUUUUACUAGCCUCUGAGGUGCUUAAUGGAUAUCAUAAGAAGAAUCGCUCACCGAGAAUAACGCUUAAAAUUGAUAUUUCAAAAGCGUUUGAUUCCGUUCGUUGGGAUUUUCUGCUUCAGACUCUCAAGGUUAUGCAAUUCCCAUCUGAUUUUGUUGACUGUAUUCGUGCCUACAUUACUACUCCAUCUUUCUCAUUGAGCAUCAAUGGAGUCACUUCAGGGUUUUUUAAAGGAAAAUCCGGGUUAAGGCAGGGAGACCCCAUCUCCCCUCUUUUAUUUACUGUGGUCAUGAACGUCUUAUCUUUUAUGUUGAAUCGGGGAGCAGAGGAUCGAAUUUUUGGCUAUCAUCCGGGCUGUGCCGGAACUAGACUAACUCAUCUCGCUUUUGCGGAUGAUUUACUGAUUUUUCUUGAUGGUACAGAAACCUCUCUGGCUGGAGUAUUUACAGUUCUGUCCCAGUUUGAAAAAUUCUCUGGUCUUCAAGUUAAUAUGUCAAAAACUUCCAUGUUCUCUUCUGGUCUAGCAGCGCACUCGCAAGAUAACAUUCUUAACCGGUUCAGGCUGCGAUCUCUCCAGCUGCCUGUGAGAUAUCUUGGUUUGCCUCUCUGCUCCAAGAAGUUAUCGGUUAGGGACUGUGAUCCUUUGCUUUCUCAAAUUCGUAGGAAGCUUAAUGGUUGGAUGAACCGGCACCUGAGUAUGGCGGGUAGACUUCAGUUCAUCUCAUCAACUAUUCCUGGCAUACUUGGAUUUUGGUCUUCUGCCUUCUCUAUCCCUAAGAAGGUUUUAAAGAUGAUUCAGUCCCUUCUCUCCUCUUUUCUCUGGCAUGGAACACUAGAUAAUGCAUCGGCCAAAGUCGCAUGGGAUUCAUUGUGCUAUCCGAAAUGUGAAGGGGGUCUUGGAAUCAGAGGACUCUCCUCUUGGAACACUGUUUUUGGCAUCAAGUUGAUUUGGAUGCUUUACUUUCGUGCUGGUUCAAUUUGGGUGGCAUGGGUUCGAGACAAAUACCUCUCUGCAGGUUCAUUUUGGUCUCUUAAUUCGCGGAGUUAUUCCAUCUCUUGGACUUUCCGAAGGCUGUUAAAGCUUCGUCACAUAGCUUUGUCUUUUCUCAGCAUCUCAGUGCGGGAAGGAGGUGAGACUUACUUCUGGUUUGAUCCUUGGACACCUUAUGGUAUCUUGAUUGACUAUUUGGGACCUUCGGGACCUAUGGAUUUGGGAAUUCCACUGAAUUCUCUGGUUUCCUCUAUUACUCAAGGUUCUGCUUGGAUCUUAAGACCGGCCAGGUCUGAGAGACAACUGAAUCUUCAUGUCUAUCUCACUUCAUUCUCUCCUUCUCCUGGAUCAGAUGCUGCUAUUUGGAAAGUUGGAGACAGAAUUUGUACUAAAUUCUCUACUAAGGAUGUUUGGAAGUCUAUUAGGAUGGCUAAGCCUUCUGUUUCUUGGGCGAGAUUCAUAUGGAAUCAGGCAAUUAUACCAAAGUAUAGGAUUACCUCUUGGUUGUUCACCCUCAAUCGUAAUCCGACUAUGGAUCGUAUGAUCUCUUGA